UUGUAAUUUCUUUUUCUAUGUAGGUUUCCGGACAAAAAUGCUUCUAUUUUUGGUGGUAUGGUAGAUAAUUUAUCGAUAUGUAAUAAGAUGGAUAAUUCACACAUAUGUAAUCUCAAUGCGGAUUGCAUUUCUAUUAUAAUACGUGGUAGGGAUAUGCAAACCUGGACUUUAAAGUUAAAUGGUUUUUAUGAUGGAUAUAGAUUAAUAAUGGAAUUCAAAGAUAAAAUAGUUUUAAAGACACACUCAAUAGGUUUUAUGAUAGCCGGUGAAUGUUGCCUUAAAUAUAGUCUUAACCAAGAAUCAUUGAAUUUUAUGAAAGUUUUUCCAACAGUGCCAAUAUUUCAAAUUUAUGGCUUUGAGACAAUUGAAGCAACAAGUUCAAAUGGAUUAUUUAAAAAAUUGUGCAACAAAUGGGAUAGAAUGGAGAAUUUAGUUUUCUUAAUAAUCACGUAUAAUUAAUACUUAACCACCAAUCGAUUUUCCAGGCACUCCACGUUUGAUUUUACACACAUUUUUCGCACAUGUAACGCAGACUAGUAAUAAAUAUUUGAAAAACAAAGUACAUGUAAAAAUGAUUUUAAUGGGAAAAUUAUAUUUAGUAGUAACGAUCAUAUAUUGCAUGCAUAAUAUUUUAUACAUAACAUAAGUAAUAUAACAAUUAUUUUUUAUUUAGUUUUUCAACUGGAAACCAUCAGAUUUUUUCAUGAAUUUUAACUGAACUAUAUUUAACAGAUUUUUAUUAGAAAUUGUAUUUUAUAAAAGCAAUUAAUCCAAUUCAUUAUAAAAACAACAUCAAUUCAAGACUGAUAAUAAUUAAUAAAAAGAAAAAUGUUGCUAAGGAAAAAA